AUGGCACUGCAUUUUCACAGAACACCAAUAGUUCUCAGCGCAACGACGCUAAAAACUUUAGUAUCCCGUUACAGGGAGUACACUAAACAGGUUGAGUACUCAGCAAUAGAUGAGGAAACUUAUCAGAAAUGCAGAUCAGAAACAGCACUUUUACAAAGUAGCAUAAGGCAAAUAAAAGAAGCAAGAGAAAACCUCCAAGAAUUAUAUAACGAGGUUAGAGAUGAGUAUAAAAACUGCAAAAACAAGUCCGAAAGGAAGGAUUUGAUGAUUGAAAUUGAACAAAUAGAGGAAGAAUCGCAGUUACAAUCUGCGAUAGCUGAAGCAAACGACCUAACAUUCAUGCUAACAGCGCGCCUUGAUGAAACAAAAAAUAUGCGCGAAAAUAUGGAAAUCAAACUGGGAUACAUGUCCCUAAAGCUCCAAAGAGACAGUAAUGUCAACAAUGAAGAAAACGAAGAAGGGGAUGGUGAAAUUGAUAAUACAACCGAAAAUUGCGUGAGAGACACCACAAUGCCAUCUUGCUCGCAAGACACAUCAAAUUCAGCAUCCACAUGCAAUAGUGGCACAGCCAAAAGGACGCUGAGGUCAAUAAAACCUCCACAAGCCACACUACCAAAAUUUUACGGGAAUUCUGACGACUUCCCAGAAUACUGGGCCAUUUUUGAAGCCCUUGUCCAUAACAGUGAAGAACUGGACAUUAUGCAAAAGAUACUCCUACUCAAAGAAAGUUUAAAGGGUCGAGCGCAAACAGCCAUCAAAGGGAUAAAACUCAUUCCUGAAAAUUACAAUUGGUUGAUCAAAACUUUACAGGAGAAUUACUCCAAUCACCAGUCUAAUAGAUCACAAAUAGUCAAAAAAAUUGGUCAGUAUGAGUGUGGCAAACAAUUCCGCAGACAUCUGCUCUGCAACAUUUGA